UUGACGAACAAUUGAUGAAGAUUGAAGAAGUUGUGAUGAAAUUUUAGAGAGAAAGAGAGUAGAAAACCGGAUGAAAUUGAAUGAGGAGAGAGAAAUUGCGCGUGAAAGAGGAAGGAGGAGAGAGAAAAAACGCAUAAAUUGUUUUGAAAUAAAAUGGUUUUGUUUAAACCAGGAUUGUAUUGUGACCGUUGGAUGCAAUUGAUCCAAUGGUUAUAAUGAGUCCUCACAUAUAAUAAUAUUCUCACAUAAGGGGUGUGGUCUCAUAUGAUCCUAUUCACACACAGAUAUUUUUUGUUGAAGUAAUUUGUUAAUAUUAUAAUAUGUUACUUAAUUAAUAAAUCAAACUCUAGAGUAUACCAAUUGACCAUCUCAAAUGGGUCCAUAUAUAUUAAUCAACUGGACGUACAUACCAGUCAUUACUCUCAAUGUCUCAUUGUCUCUUAAUCAAUUUCCCAUUAGCUCUUGUACUUGAUCAUCUCCAUUCUUGUUCUAUAAAUACUACAUUAUUUACAUACUCUUCUUCAUAACUUCAUUAUUCACACUACUUCCCUACUUCUUUACAUUACACCACCUCUAAACUCUUCCCUCUUUUGCUCUUAUUAUAUUAGCUAGCUACUAUGAUCCCAACUAAACCUCAUGCUGCUCUACUUGCAAGCCCUGGCUUAGGCCACCUUAUCCCCAUGGUUGAGCUCGCCAAUCGCCUCGUUACACACCACGGUUUCCACGUUACAAUCUUCGUUGUAACCAUGGAGCCCACCGCCUCGAACAAUCCCAAUAAUAACCUUCUUCCUAAACAACCUUAUAGAAGCCCAACUUUGUACAACUUGGUUGUGCUACCCUAUGUGGACUCUUCAGCUCAAAUGAGUCCAACUGAUAAGAUCAUGACCCGACUUGCUAUCAUGAUGAGAGGCUAUGUUCCGAGCUUACAGGCCGAGCUUGGAUCCAUGGAGCACAACCCGACCCUCCUUGUAGUUGACCUUUUUGGAACCGAAUUCCUUAGCCUUGCAGAUGAGUUUGACAUGGUCAAAUAUGUUUAUAUCCCUUCAAAUGCAUGGUUUUUAGCUAUGACCAUAUGUGUACCCCUCCUUGAUAAACAAGUCAAGCAUGUAGGUCCCCUCAAUAUCCCGGGUUGUAAACGGGUCGAGUAUGAUGAUAUACUUGACCCGGUUUUUGACCCAGAGAAUAAGGACUAUGAUGAGUACGUUCGUAUCGCUUUGGAUUUAGGCACAGCUGAUGGGGUGUUAGUCAACACUUGGAAACAGUUGGAGUCAAAAACACUUUUCUCCUUGAAAAACAAUAAAAUUCUAAGAGAAAUAUUUAAUAAGCGAGUCUAUCCGGUCGGACCAUUGGUCCGGCCGGUUAGACCAGAGUGUUUAGGGGGAGAGUUGUUAGAAUGGCUAGAUGACCAACCAAAAGAGUCGGUCCUUUAUGUUUCCUUUGGAAGUGGGGGAACUUUGUCUAGUCAACAAACCACAGAGUUAGCUUGGGGUUUGGAAAUGAGUCAACAAAGAUUUAUUUGGGUGUUACGCCCACCUAUUGAGCAUGAUGGAGCCGGGGCCCUCUUCCAUGCGAUGGACGGUCAAGAUCAAAUCGUCUCUCAAUACUUGCCUCGCGGCUUCUUGACCCGAACCCACAACUUGGGUAAGGUGAUCCCAAUGUGGGCCCCACAAACCGAGGUACUAGCUCACAAAUCGAUUGGAGGGUUUCUAUCACACUGUGGUUGGAACUCAACCCUUGAGAGUCUAGUCAAUGGUGUGCCUAUUAUUGCUUGGCCUCUCUACGCCGAGCAAAACAUGAACGCGGCAUUGGUUGAGGAGGAGCUAGGGGUGUCAAUUCGCCCAAAGGUCUUGCCAACCAAAGGAGUUGUUGGUAGAGAGGAGAUUAAGAAGAUGAUAAUUAAGGUUAUGGAAGAUGAUGAUGGGAUUAAGAUGAGGGUUAGAGCCAAAGAAGUGCAAAAAUAUGCAAAAGAGACCUUUACUAUAGAAGGGUCAGCUCUCAAGUCAUUUUCUGAAAUAGCUAAUACAUGUGAGAAGAAGUUAACUGAUCAGAGAGCAAAGGCAACUAAAUGAUGUUGGGGGCAGUAUUACAUGUUGCAUGCCUUUAAUUUGGGAUAAAAGUCAAUAACAGUAACAAAAAAUAAUGCAUAUAAUUCAGCGUUUUAUGGGUUUUAUCAAGUGAAGUAGAUUUAUUACUUUUGUCCAUUAGUAGUUCUAAAGUUCUCGAUGUUGACUUGCAAGUUGUUAUCAUUAAUAUUGAGUUAUUGAUAAUAUAUAUUUUAAGUGUUUCCUUUAAAUUGCAAAUUUGCAAUUGUUUAAUUAUUAAAUUUGUCAAUGCAUUAUGCAUAGCUAUUAUUCAUGAGAGGUUUUGAGUUCAAGGAAUAUGAGAUGCUUGAACUUAUAUUGUAGAAUUGUACUCCCUCCGUUUCUUAUUUUUUUUACUCUAGUAUAUU